AUGGAUAUUCCUAUGCGUGGCCAAAAGCCGAGCUUCAGCACACCCUUACCAGAAAUCCACGUACAAGACUCUCACCACCCCGAUCGAUAUCCCGAUAGAUACUCAGAUCAACACAAAUACCAUUCUUCCAACUCUUCAAGAGCCGCGGCUGGACCAAUGUCUAUACCCAACGCGAGAGAGUCUCCCCCUCCUCCUUUACCACCACCUAAAUACAUUCCAGACACAGAUAAUGGGGGAGAUCUUGGGUGGCAGUGGGCAAAUCAAAAUCGGGGACUCGAUUGGGGAAGAAAUAUGUCAUCGGUUCCCGCCGGCUCGAGUUUGUACGGGAGCUAUAGUCGCAAUAGCAUAUCAGAUGAGCGACCAGACAUUGGACGUCGAGGAAGCUCCAACGCCACCAUCACUGUCCAUCCGUCGAAGGAUGCGAGCAACCAUGCAAUUGCACUGCCAAAAGAUGAAGGUUAUUCGAGUCUUUCUGCUUCCAACGCAAGCAUUGGGUCGACACAAUCAAGAACCUCAAUAGGCUUUCAAAGUUCUGUCCACGACACAUAUCAAACCAAUGCUCAGGCAUAUGACAAAUCAUUAUUACAAAAGUUGGGUAGCAGAGGAGAUAAUUUCACACCAUCAAGACCAUUCGCAAAGUCUCCGUUCAGCUCAUCUGUAAAUGAUACAUCACCAACCUCUAGAAUAGCGCGGGAACAUGGUCAUCCUACACUCAAGCCACUCUCUUUGCCAAUCCAUACACACAAACCGGCACUUGCAGAGAGUCCCAUAAAUCGAUGGGCAGAUUCACCUUUAUCUUCUGGCAUCUCACCAGGCAACCCAUAUCCCAGACUUAGCAAUCUGAGUACAUUUGACUUCAGGUCCCCGACCGAUAUGAUAGACAAUGAAAGGUCAUCACACCCUUACAACAUGAGGUCAGGGAGCAUAGCCGACGAUGCAUCAAGUAUUGCCAGCCAAUCUAGGGACAGCUUUCAGAUGCCUUCUCCAGAAUACGAAGAAGGCUUCCACAUGGAAGAAACGGGUCUGAGGCGACUACAGAUAGGAGAAGAGUAUCAUGGUCGGAGUGAAGGAUACUCUCCCUGCUCUACUACAGCCGGGCAAAAACGACGCGCAUCUUCCCCUCCCAGGGAUGAUAGUCUACACCUACUACGUACGGUAGGCAGUGCAAGUGAUCUUGCUCGACGUCGCGAAUCUGGCUCACGCUCGACACCAAGUCCGCGCUUUCAUUCGAGCUCUACGUCUAUAUCAUCUACUACUUCUCUACCUAGGAACUCAUUCUCAUCCACAUUAUCAGUGACUACUAGUAGCGCGACCAGCAUGGGCUCGUACGGUAGGCUGUCUCAUGGAGGCCUCUCACCUGGACCUAUGGAUAUCAACACCGACAUGUCAUAUAACGGUUCAAUGUCGCUAAAUCCCAGCCCAAGAGGUUCAAUUUCGGCUAGAACAACCCAUCAUCGGGCUUUAUCUGAAAGUCGACCUCUAACUAAUGCGCGAAAAAUGCCAGAGGCAUUAGGACACGUGAAACACAAUAGUGCUCCCAGCAGACAAGGCGGUUUCAUUUGUGAAUGCUGUCCCAAAAAACCUAAGAAAUUUGACACCCAGGAAGAUCUCAACACGCAUGAACAAGAAAAGCAGUAUGAAUGCCUAUACUGUCGAAAUCGUUUCAAGAAUAAAAAUGAGGCCGAGAGGCAUCAGAACUCUUUGCACCUCCGUCGUUACUCUUGGUCAUGUGCUGCUCUCCUAGAUUGGGCGCAUGCUUUCCAUCCUUCUCCUUCACGGCCCAACGAUGCGGAUACCUGUGGAUACUGUGGCGAAGAUUUCCCAAGGACUGGAGUUGCGAAUCACGAGGGAUCUUCGAUGCCUGUGGCGACUGGUGAGGAUUGGGACCUCAGGGGUGCCCAUUUACAAGACAUGCACAAGUUUGGAGAAUGUAACCAUGCCAAGAAAUUUUUUCGCGCGGAUCAUUUCCGUCAACAUCUUAAACAUAGUCAUGCUGGUACAAGUGGAAAAUGGACGAAUAUGCUUGAAAAUGCUUGUAUGAUAGACGAGCCACCACCAGAGCCACUCAGGGGGCCCGAAAGAGUCAGUCCUGGUGGUGUGAGAGUAGGCAGGAUCACCGAAGAAGACGAAGUGCUAUAA